CAAUGUCAAGAUACAAGAAGAAGAGAGGGGUGAAGAACAUAAAUAGAUUUGUUUCAAUCUACACAGCUUAAUUUGCAGAAUCAAUUUUCAAAGAGAGAGAGAGAGUGUGUGUUCUUAAUUAUAAAAAUCAUAAUUCGAUCAUCCUUACACGAUAUCAAAUUCCACAUUAAUAUGUGGAAAAUAAUUUGCGCUCUCUUACUCUUUCAAAGAGCUUUGAGCGCUCCUUCUACAAGAUGCACGGAAAUAUGCAAUUCUCAGAAUUCACAAUAUUUUUCAAAUUGUUGUGCAUCGCCUCUUGUUGCCUCUUCAAAUAAUAAUAAAAAUUGGUCUGAUCAUAAAGAUUUUGAAACUCACGAUGGUGCUCUCGUUCAUACAAAGGAGGGUGAAUUUGCCCAUGGAAACACUCAUGGCAAUUUCAAUGAGAUGAGCUACUACAAAGAAUUCAACAGUGGUGGUGACAAACAUAAUUUCGGAAAUAAUCAAAAUUUUCCCAACAAUCUUGGAAUUAGUCAAAAAUUAGAAGAUCUAUCUACAUCUUCGCACAAUACAUUUGAAAGUAUGUUUCAAACAAGAUUCUCAGAUUUUUUCAAACAUUUUCAUGAAUCAAUUAAACAUUUACAAGAAUUGAAAAGUAAAGAUCAACUUCCAGUUCAAGAUUGCGAAUAUCCUUGUGUACCAAUAAAUGAGCAAAUUUCUCAAUUACAACAAGAAAUAACAACACAACAACAACGUAUGGAACAAAUGAAACAAGAUUUUUGGUCAAAUUGGAAAAAUCAGAACACAGUAAGAGAAACAGAACACAUUAAUCCCAAUCAACAUUUAAGUCAAUUAAAUCAUCAUCCUGGACAAGUUACAAAAGAAACAAAUCGUUAUGAAUCUUAUCACAAUGAAAAAAUAACAACCAAUCCUCACAUUACUACGACAAUCACUAAACAACCCGAUAAAUAUAUUAUAUCACCUAGUCAAUCUCAAUUAUCAAGUCAAGAUCAUCAUUCUGGAUCAGUAAGUAGGUAUGAAUCUUCACGAAAUUCUCAAUCCAGAACUCAAGAUCAAAAUAAUAAUUAUCGACAAAAUUCAUCUCCUGAUCAAUCUCCAAAUGCAAGUCAAGAUUAUUAUUCUGGAUCAAUAAGCAGACAAGAAUCAUCACGAAAUUCUGCAUCCGGAACUCGAGGUCAAACUGAUUAUCGUCGACAAAAUUCAUCUCCCGAUCAAUCUCAAAAUUCAAGUCAAGAUUAUUAUUCUGGAUCAGUAAGCAGACAGGAAUCUUCACGUUCACAAAAUUCUGCAUCUGGAACUCAAGGUCAAACUGAUAAUCAUCGACAACAUUCAUCUCCUGACCAAUCUCCAAAUUCAAGUCAAGAUUAUUAUUCUGGAUCAAUAAGCAGACAGGAAUCUUCACGUUCACAAAAUUCUGCAUCUGGAACUCGAGGUCAAACUGAUUAUCAUCGACAAAAUUCAUCUCCUGAUCAAUCUCCAAAUUCAAGUCAAGAUUAUUAUUCUGGAUCAGUAAGCAGACAGGAAUCUUCACGUUCACAAAAUUCUGUAACACAAGGUCAAACUGAUUAUAAUCGACAAAAUUCGAUUUAUAAUUCUCAAAACAGAGUUUCUCAAACAGGUGAUCAUUCUUCCCAAUACAAUCAGGGAAUUCAAAGUCAAGCUGGUUAUACUGAAGACAAUAAAAAUUAUGAAUAUCAAAAUAGAGGCAAACUGCCGCAAAGAGCUGAUCAACCUUCUUCUCAAUAUAAAGAAGAAUAUGGAUCUAGUAAUCAAAAUCAAGCUGGUCAUACUCAAGGUAACAAUCAACAAAAUAUGGCCUAUGGAUAUCAUGCAAGCUACGGUUCCAAAUCUUAUUUUAGUACACACCCUCAAAGGGAAUAUGAUCAAAAUUCUGCCUACAGAACUCAACAGUCAGGAUCUCAAAUUGAUGGAUCUCAAACACAAACUGGAUACAAUCCUCAAAGUUCUGUAACAGUAAGUCACACUUCAUUAAAUGAGAAUGGAAAAUUAACGCAUCAUCUCAUUCAACAGUCAGGAUCUCAAGGAUAUGGUCAACAGAAUUCCGCCUAUAGAACACAACAAUCAGGAUAUCAAACUGAUGGUUCGCAAACACAAACUGGAGUUAAUCCUCAAAGUUCUAGAACAGUAAGUCAUACUUCAUUAACUCAGAAUCAUGGUGCUGAUUUUGGAUCUAGAACUAAUGGAAAAUUAACGCAUGGUCUCAUUCAAAUGGGCUCUGCAGUUGAUUGCAAUGACGAAGUUUCAUCUGCACCUUACACAAGAUACAAGCGAAACAUUUAUUAUCCGAAUCGUCAUCAUUAUCACCAUCAUCACAAUCAUCAUUAUCAUAAUCAACAACAAUACCCUGAAGAUUUUAGUCAACAACAAUUACAAGAUAAUUUCCCACAAUCUAAUCAGCAGACAGAAGAUUUUGGAGAGCCAACAAAAAUUGAAAAAAUUUCACAAAAAGAACUUCAGGAACUUGGUCAACAAAUUGAGGAUAUUCGUCAGGGAAAAGUGGAUACGCAAGAUAUAUAUCAAGAUUAUUCUCCUGAGCAAAGAAAAACUUCCGAAGAUUUAUCUCAAAUAAUUCAACAAAUUCCUUCUCAUUUCAAAACUCAGUCCCAAGAGGCUGAUGAUGAACAAAUUAAGGAUCUCCCCAGAAGAGGAUUUAAUCAAAAAACGGUAGGAUCACUUACGUUAGAUCAGCAUGCACAAGAUUCUUUUAAUUUUAACCAGUUUCCAACUACAGUUUUAGCUCCCAACAGCAAUCCAGCGGGGAAUCAAAGGUUUGACGGAAUAAAUCAUCAACAACAAAUAAUUUCAACUCCAAGGCCAGCUCCAAAGCCAACUUCUCGACCAAGAAACACUAAACCAAAUCCAUUUUUUGACAACAAUGUAUCAACAAUAAAAAAUUCAACAGAGAAUCAAGUUUUAAUACCACCAAAUAAAUUUGGUGAACUCAAGUCUGACGAAGAAUUUUUUCAAAUUCCACAAACUGAUGACAAGUUUUCACUUGUUGAUAAAUCUGAAAAUGUGUCUCAUCACAUUAUGAAACCUGAUGAAAUUUUACAGAAGCAUGAAAACACAUUGAAGGAUAUUUCUCAGCAAAUUGUGAAAGAAGAACCUUUACAGAAGCGUAACAAUCUUUUUGAAAUCUUAUCACAAGAAGGUUUGAAACCAAAUUCUCAUCAAAAGCAUGAAAAUCCUUUAACAGAAACUCCUUUUGAAAUAUCUCAAGAUGUUUUAAAACCACGUGAAAAUCCUUACCAGAAGCAUGAAAAUCCUUUUCAAGAUUUUUCCCAACAAACUUUAAAUCCUCGUGAAGAAACUUUUCAUCAGCAACAUGUCAAUUCUUUUCAAGAUUUCCCCCAACAAUAUUUUAAUCCUCAUGAGGAAUCAUUAAAUCAGCAGCAUGUAAAUCCAUUUGAAGAUUUUUCCCAACAAAUCUUGAAUCCUCCUCAAGAAUCUUUUUAUCAGCAACAUGUAAAUCCUUCUCAAGAUUUUUCCCACCAAAUUUUGAAUCCUCCUGAAGAAUCUUUUCAUCAGCAGCAUGUAAAUUCUUUUGAUGAUUUUUCUCAACAACUUUUAAAAUCUCGUGAAGAAUCAUUUCAAAAUCAAAAAUCACCAUUUGAAGAUUUUUCCCAGCAAAUAAUUCAAACAUCCAACGAACAUUCUUUUCCUAAAAAUGAAAAACCUUUAGUUAACGAAAAGAUUUCUAAUACAAAUAUAAUGCAAAAUAUUGAAAAACCUUCUGUAAAUUUUCCUCAUGAAACAGUUCAAAAGCCACUUGACGAUUUUUCACAACAUAUACAAAAAUCACUUGAGGAUAUUUUAGAUUCAAAAGGUCCAAAACCCUUUGAGGACUUGUCGUCUCAACAAAUUCAAAUAACCAAUGGAUUUAUUUCACAUGUAACACCAUUUGAAAAUUUCUCUUCACAAAAUCAAAUCUCCCGUGACGAUUCUCUGAAAAAUAUUCCAAAUUCCUUUGAUAAUGAUUUUCAACAAAAUAAAAAUUUAUCUCAAGAAAUUGAAAACGCUUUUCAACAAUUAUCACAACAUAUACAAAAAGUUUAUCAAGACUUAUCGCAAACUUCUGAUGAUCUCACUAGAAACAAAGACAUAACUCAGCUACCUCAAUCAUUUCAAGAACAAAAUAAAAUGACGCAUCAUUCUAAUUUAGAUAUUGAUCAACAACCACAAGAAAUUUCACUUGGUCAUCAAUGGCAUCUUUUUCACAAUCCUGGUGAAUUAACAAAUGAGGAUUUGCAAUUGGGAAGAUUUUUAGGUACUGUUCAGCAAACGGAAAAAUUUGAUGAUACUCAAGUAAUGGAGGAAAUUCCAAUUAGUAGAAAAGAAAAAGAAUUAACAUUUGAUCAGCAAAGUGAGCAAUUAGAACCUUGGAAAGAGAAAGUAAAUACGUUUGGUAAAUUGGAAUUCGGUCAAAGUGUACAAAAUGAAGGAAACAAUCCACAAAUUCAAAGUGAAUUACCACCGUUGUUAAAUUUACAACCAAGAAUUUUACAAGCUUAUGGAGGAAAAGGUCCUUAUGAUCCAAUGCAUAGUGAAGAUAUUUUCAGUGAUGUUAGACAAAAUCCUAGUGCAACUUUGCUUCCUGUUGUGAUUGAUGAUCCAUGGGAUAUACACGAGAAGCCCAUUGUAUCUUUCGAACCAAUGAUUAAUGAAGAUAAAGUAAUUCCAUUAGAUACAGUAUGGAUAUAUCCGGAUGCAUUUCCUAUUACUCCAAUUACUGAGAAACCAAAUCCUGGAUUUUGGGAUAGAGUUGGACGUAAAUUCUCAAGUGCUGUCGAUAAAGCGAAGGAUAAAGCAAGAGGAAUUUUUGGUUGAAUCUAAAAUUUUUAAAUAGAUAAUUUUGUACAUUGAAAGAUAUUAGCAAUUUUUUUUAACUUAAACAUUAAAAUAUCUCAUCAAUUUCUCAGUACAUCAACACAUUGAUAAUAACAAUUAAGUUUAAAUAGGUGAAAUAGAUUUUUUUUUUACAUAUUGCUUUAUCGUGAGUAUUAUGAAAAGAAUCUGUGAAAAAUAAUCAUGACUUUACUCUUGAAUUAUUUUGCGAGUUAAUGUAUUUUUGAGUAUUUAUAAAAAAAAAGCAGUUAUUUAACUUAAGUUAAAACUAUCUUAUAUAAUGUACAUUAAUCAUCGAUGUGAUGAUAUAAAAUUAUAAACAAUCAUCAUGUUGCAUCAUUUUUAUCAUCAUCAAACUGAUGAAUAAAAGAUUACAAUUCAGAAUCUUGAAAAACAAAUAAUUUUCUUUUAUUUACCGUUAAUGAUAAUUUUUUUGUAUGAAAACAAUUUAAAAUAGUUUCUUGUUGAAUUCAUAAACAUCAUAAAUAAAAAAAAAAAAAUAAUUAUGUUAAAGAUUUAAAUUAAAACUAAUUUGUACAU